AUGGCCUUCAAACACCUUCUUGUCGCUACUCUACCCGCUUUGGCCGUCGCCUGCACUGGCCCUCCUGUCAACCAGAACGGUUUGAACCUGAUCAAAAGCUUCGAAUCAUUCCAGCCAAGUGUGUACGAUGAUGGAUUCGGAAACCCUACUAUUGGCUAUGGACACCUCUGUUCGGACUCAACAUGCUCUGAAGUUCCAAACCAGCCCCUGACUGAGGAGGCUGCAAGCCAGCUUCUAGCAGGUGAUCUCGUGACUUAUCAAGAUGCCCUCACCAAUGCACUCGCCGAUCCCGUCACUCUGAAUGAUAAUCAAUAUGGCGCCCUGGUUUCAUGGACCUACAAUGUUGGCGCUGGAAACAUGGGGAAUUCUGAUCUCGUGAGCCGUAUGAAUGGCGGCGAGGACGUCGUUAUUGUUACACACGAUGAGCUGCCUCAGUGGAAUAAGGUAAAUGGCCAGGUUGUAGACGGAUUGACUCGUCGUCGCCAGGCGGAGCUUGACCUGUUUGAUGCACCGGCCACCCUGCCUGCUCUCCCCGUUCCUUGCUAG